CUGCACGUAGACAAACCAACCCGCCGAAGAGCAACCAGCUUCAAAUCGAUGACUGAUCAACAGAACUUUCGCCUGCAUAUCGGUGGCCUUGGACCAUCUGUCACCUCAUCAGACCUCGAGAAGAGAUUUGCUGCCUUCGGAACCGUCGUCAAAGUGGAUGGAGUUGGCAAGCUGGACGCCAAUGGCUCCCCUCUCAAAUAUGCUUUUGUCGACAUACUUUCGACGGAUCCUCAAAUCAAGAGAUGCAUGAACUUACUAUCUGGUACGACCUACAAAGGUGGCACCUUGCGGAUCGCACCUGCAAGACCGGAUUACGUUGCCCGAGUUGAAAGGGAAAAAGCCAACUUGCCUAUCAACACCUUUGUCGAUCCUGACGAAGAAGCUAUCCGAGUUCGCGAAGAAAAAGCUGCUCAAAAACUGGAACGCAAACUGGCUAAACUUCGCGCACGUAAGAGGGGAAUCGAAGGUUACGAAAGUUCGAACAUGGAAUUAAUGACUGUUAAAAAAUUCAAAAGUCGGCAGGGCGUCAAUGGAUGGAAGAAAGAUCCAGAGACCUCACUUCCGAUAUUUCCAAUCCUCACCCGCCCUCUCCGUCCCUUGCCUCCUUUGGAAACCGCUCAAUCUCAGACUGCUAAUCUCAAAGAAGACGCAUCUGACUGCGUUCGAGUUCCAACCCGUGCUAGGAGGAUUCGCAUCGACCCUACCAUCUAUCGAGCUGCAAUCAAAAACCGCAAGACUCAUCUUCUAGGCCCGAGAGCUAUCUCAAUCGAGCAGUACAAACUAGGAUUUAGCGGCGGAGCCAAAGAUGUUAAGAAAAGCCAAGCAAAUCGACUGCUGUGGGAAUGCCAGCUCGGAGAAGACGGUCACGCUGUUUGGAGACUAACAAACUGCGGUGAUGUGAUUCAAGAAGAACGGGUGGCGCUUUCUAGCUCGACCCUUCAAAAGCUGAGAGAUGCGGAUGAACAUCCUUCAUCCGAACCUCUUCCUGAGCAAUUCACCGAACACCCUCUCUCAAGUAGUACCCCCGCAUUGCGCUUGAGAGGUGGUGCUUCAUCUAAACGCCCUCGGCGGUCUCAGGGUCAACCCGAAUCAGACAUAGUGGCGAUGAAUAACGAGAAGAUCACCGAUCAUACAGAACCGGACAACGUAUCUCCCGUUCGACUAUCAAUUUUGACGGACAUGUUCAAAGCAAAAGAAGCUGAGACGACAGGGUUUCGCUUGACUGAUGAUUUGGGGGGAAUGGAAUUGGACGACGAUGUGCUCGGGCCAAGCGAUGAAACAGAAAUGGACGGCUCGCCAUCAGCACAAGAUUUCCAAUCUGAACAACUGGUGGAUGGACAGCCCUUGAAGUCCAAUACCUUUAUCCAUCCAUCUCGUCUGAAAGGUAGCGGGUUCGUUAAAACCCAGACUGCCAUUCACGUUAAGCAAGGCCAAAGAAACGGGCCAUUCUUUUUUUAUCCCACCGACGAAGAUCCGGAUUCCAAGGUGAUCAAUUCUUUACUAUCGACUGAGCAUCGAGAGGCUGCACGACGGCAUUGGCUAUCUGGUAGCAUACCCUCAUCAUCAUCUGACAGUUGGAGGACAUUUGUUAGAACGGAGUCUGUUUCGGAAAUCGAAACUGCCCAUGAUAAGAAGAAGUCCACUCUGACAGAACAGAUGCGUCGGAAACACAAGGAUGCGAUCAAGAGGGACCGGAAAUGGGGCAACAAACAAGCUGCUAAACCUUCGACUCUCAAAGGUUUGGAGUCUGAAAAUGAUUCAUCGAACUGAUGUUGAUGUUUUUUGGAUGGUUCGAUGGCCGAUACAAAUCAGCUAUCAGCUAGCAAUUAGUUAUUGUUGCUAUGAUAUCAUAUUACUGGAGAUACUCAAAAGAAACGUUGGAUGUUUAUCAAUUGCAUCUGCCGUAUCAUGUCUUGCAGAGUUGAUAAUAUUUUGAUUGCGCUCAGCAUUGCAGUUUAUUUUUGCUACACCACAUCGUAGACAUGCCACUUGGGCAAGAUGAAUAGAAUUAAUCUCAGUCUUUCUUAGCAGAAAUGGGGGGUUGGUCAGUAGUUUGGGGUUUCCAAGCAAUCUCCUGUUCUCCUAUGCCGUUGUCCGUUGCCGUUUUCUGCCUGAGAUGCCAGUUCUGUUGAAAUGCACUACACAGUACA